CAGCGAGCCGGGCGGGGACCUUGGACGACGCCGAAACGGAAAACCCGGAAUUAAGUCGCAAUAAAAUAUGAGCCGGAGCCAGGUCAUCAUGACGGAACUAUGUUUGAACUUGCGGUUAUUGAAUGGCACGCUGACUGCCUUCAUAUUCUCCAAACGAUGUCAAAAUAUUACAAACGGCCCUCAGUUCCACGCCAGCCUCGUCAAUCAUACUUGACCAUUGCUAUCUCGGCGUGGGCGGUCCUGCAGUCCGGCGGCUCGGCGCUGGACGCCGUGGAAAAGGGGUGCGACCGCUGCCAAAAAGAGCAGUGCGACGGCAGCGUGGGCUACGGCGGCAGCCCGGACGAGAACGGCGAGACCACGCUGGACGCCAUGAUCAUGAACGGCAACACAAUGGAGGUGGGGGCCGUGGCCAACCUGAAGAGAAUCAAGAACGCCAUCGGCGUAGCCCGAGCAGUGAUGGAGCGCACACAGCACACCAUGCUGGUGGGCGAGUCAGCGACGGUGUUCGCAGAAAACAUGGGCUUCAUCGGAGAGGACCUGACCACCGUCAAGUCGUUGGAUAUUUUCACGCAGUGGAUGAAGGGCAGCUGCCAACCUAAUUACAGAAAGAAUGUUUUUCCCAAUCCCUCCAAAUCGUGUCGUCCCUACAAGCGUCUCGCGGAGCUGGGACCGAAAAAGCGACUUUCUACUAAUAUUCGCUCCCAUGACACCAUAGGUAUGAUUGCCUUUGAUCAAGACGGUCACCUGGCGGUGGGGACGUCCACUAAUGGGCUCACUCAUAAAGUUCCAGGUCGAGUUGGGGAUUCUCCUAUAGUCGGGGCGGGAGCGUACGCUGACAUCUCGGCCGGAGCCGCCGCCGCGACCGGAGACGGGGACGUCAUGAUGCGCUUCCUGCCCAGUUACUUGGCGGUGGAGCUGAUGAGAGCCGGGACGGAUCCCUCGGCAGCUUGCGAGACGGCCAUUUCCAGGAUUAAAAGGCAUUACGCGGACUUCUUCGGGGCGAUCAUCUGCGCGAACGCGACAGGCCACUAUGGCGCAGCUUGUAACAAGGUGCCCGGCUUAUUGCAGUUUCACUACAUGGUGUCAGACGAGUUUACUGCAACAGGUGACAGCGUGACUGAAGUUUGCGGAAGCUGCAAGUGGAAAUCAGGAGACUGGAGAUUAAUGAAAUGACUUGAUAAAACAUGACAACGUGUACCAAUCUGUAUCUGGGGUUUGAUUUCGACUCCAAAUGUUUAAGGUACUGGCUACAAUGUUUUGAUUUUAAAUGAUGAUGACCUAGUUUGUUUGGGUAUUUUUGCUUUGUGCACCCCAAUAAUUGUCAGUGGUUCAACUGAAAUGUGACAAUUUUUUUCGUCAUGGAAAUUAACUAAGUGAUGGAGAUGUUACUGGAAAGUCAUACCAAAAAAAAAAAGUGUACAAACCCUGAUAAAAGUAUGCGUGUUCCUUCUGAGGGAAGAAAAGGUAUCAUUUUUUUGGUUUAUAAAUCAGAUCAAAUCCUAAAACAAUUAACUUCCUUUUGCCGCACUGCAUUACUUUCUGUAUGUUCGCCAUUUGAUCCACCACCGCAACACAUCCCUUGAUAAAACACCAGAAAGUUCCACAGAGUAGGAUGUCUUGUCCCCCCCCCCCGCCCACCACCACCACUACUAUCUUCGGCUACACACCAUCCAUCAUCCGUACCUUCACGGCUGGGUGUAGGCCCGCGUCGAACAGAGCUUCGUUUUUAAUGAUGUUGCCCACUCCCGGCAUGACGGCCUGAUCGAGGAGGACGUCGCAGAGCAUCCUGCCGCCGUGGCGCCUCGCCGCCUCGGCCGAGCGUGAGGGGUUGAACGCCGGCGAGCACACGUCCAGGGCCUGAAGAGCUCGCACACGCUGCUCGCAGUCGUCACUCAACCUGUGAGAACACACGCGUACAUGAGCACGCACACACACCU